GCAGACGUGGGUCUGUCAACCAAUAAAAACAGCGCUUUGUGAUCGCGUCAUUAAUAUUCAUGAGUCAAGCCCUCGCUGUAGUAGGAUUGGUGGAAGCGCGAGCCGCGUUACGUGCUGACGCCAGAUGUAUAUGAGCGCACGCGGCGGGAUCUUAUUCCCUUUUAGCGCCAUCAGAGCGGGAGUCUCGCUGUUUCACCGCCGCCUCAUAGACAUCCACACAUCGGGCUCUCGGAAACAACACAAACGGUGAAACAACAUGGCAGAUCUUGACAAUAAAGACCAGGCUGAAAUGGACCCAGCAGAUAUGGAAGAUGUUGAAGAGGAGGAGGAAGACGCUGGGGAAGACAACAGUAAAGCACGUCAGCUGACGCGGCAGAUGAUGCAGAAUCCUCAGAUUCUGGCGGCGCUGCAGGAGAGGCUGGAUGGACUCGUAGGAUCUCCCUCAGGAUACAUGGAGAGUUUACCAAAGGUGGUGAAAAGACGUGUUAAUGCACUUAAGAACCUCCAGGUCAAAUGUGCCCAUAUCGAAGCUAAAUUCUAUGAAGAAGUCCACGAGCUGGAGCGAAAAUAUGCAGCUCUUUAUCAGCCUCUGUUCGACAAGCGGAGUGAGAUCGUGAGAGCGGCGUAUGAACCCACAGAUGAAGAGUGUGAGUGGAAGCAGGAUGAGGAGGAAGAGCUGACAGUAAGUAAGCAGGAGGAAAUGAAGGAAAAGGCCAAAGUGGAGGAGGAGAAAAAAGACGAGGAGAAGGAAGAUCCCAAAGGCAUCCCAGAGUUCUGGCUCACAGUUUUCAAGAACGUGGACCUUCUCAGUGAAAUGUUGCAGGAACACGAUGAACCCAUCCUGAAGCACUUACAAGACAUUAAAGUCAAAUUCUCUGACGCCGGACAGCCCAUGAGUUUCACAUUAGAGUUCCACUUUGAGCCCAAUGAUUUCUUCACACAAACAAUCCUGACAAAAACCUACAAGAUGCGGUCUGAGCCGGACGAGUCGGACCCCUUCUCUUUCGACGGGCCGGAGAUCAUGGGCUGCACGGGCUGCACGAUCGACUGGACUAAAGGCAAGAACGUCACAUUGAAAACCAUCAAGAAGAAACAGAAGCACAAGGGUCGUGGCACAGUGAGGACGGUCACCAAGACGGUUCCCAACGAUUCAUUCUUCAACUUCUUCUCUCCGCCUGAAGUUCCAGAAAGCGGUGAGCUGGAUGAAGACUCAGAGGCAGUUUUAGCAGCAGAUUUCGAGAUCGGUCACUUCAUCCGUGAGCGUAUCGUUCCCAGAGCUGUGCUGUAUUUCACUGGAGAGGCCAUCGAAGAUGACGAUGAUGACUAUGAUGAGGAGGGAGAGGAAGCGGAUGAUGAGGAGGGCGAAGAAGAGGCAGAUGAGGAGAACGAUCCAGACUAUGAGCCCAAGGUUUAAGUGGUGUCUGUAGUAACCCUGUCCCGAAGGACGCCAAUCCCCCAGAGGAGUGCAAACAACAGUGAUGGCGGCGCCGGCUCCUUCAGGAUCCCCCUACACUGUAACGGCUUCAACAACAACACAUAGUUACUUACCGCCUUACAAUGUUUUGUAUUUUUCUUGGUAGAAAUAAUUGAAUAAAUAAAAUACAAAGGGUUUUGAGAUUUUUGUUACAAAAGAAAAAGAUGAAAAAGCACCUCCUUAUCAUCGGGAGCCGCAGCUCAUAGUAUUUUACUAGACCGGUUUCUCUUGCGUUUCCCUAUUAUUAUUUCCCCCCUCUCUCUCUCUGUAUAAAUAGUUAGACUGCAGUAAAUCCCUCGAAGCAUGACACUUGUUUCUUCACUGCUAAACUAGUUGGGUUCUCGUGAAGUCUUUUUUUGUAUUGCUCUUAGACAACAGCUGUGGAAAGACUGUCCGCUUUACAGGAAAGCAAUCAAAGCAGCGAUGUUGGUUUUAAACCCUCACGUGCGGUCAGAAUCAACAGACAUUCCUCAUACCUGUACAUUCCUCAUCAGUAGAUGCUCCGCUGCAUGACUUUCUUUUCCAUGAGCACUUUGUAUUCAUGUAUUAGUAGUUUCUUUUUUUUUUCCCCUACGAGCGCUUACAUUCGUCUUCAGGUGCUGCAUGCACUUGAUUAGAGUAGGUUUAGAAUGUAAGCUCCUGAUUGGUUAAUUUCGAGCUCCGCCCCAGCUGACGCUUAACUCAAGAAUGUGAGCUCCUGAUUGGCUUAUUGUGAGCUCUUCUGAGUGACGUUUUACUGUGGAAUGUGAGCUCCUGAUUGGCUGAUUGUGAGCUCUUCUGAGUGACGUUUUACUCUAGAAUGUGAGCUCCUGAUUGGCUGAUUGUGAGCUCUUCUGAGUGACGUUUUACUCUAGAAUGUGAGCUCCUGAUUGGCUGAUUGUGAGCUCUUCUGAGUGAUGUUUUACUCUGGAAUGUGAGCUCCUGAUUGGCUGAUUUCAGACUUUGCUCUUAGUAAGUUGGAAUGUAAACCUCUUAUCGGUUAAUUGCGAGUUUUGCCCUGAGCGACAUUUAUCUGCUCUUGAAAUGAAAGCUAGCUCCUGAUGGGUUGAUUGCAAGCUUCAUCUUGAAGUUGUCAACUCCGGAAUUCAAUCUCCUGAUUGGUUCAUUCCGAGCUGCACCCAAUUGAUUUGACUGCAAUGCAAGCUUCUGAUUUGUUAACUCUGAGCUCCAACCUGAGCGAUUAUUGUCAACGCUGAAAUGGAAGCUCGUGAUUGGUUGAUUGCAUGCUCCACCUUAAAAGUUGUUGUUUCAGGAAUUCAAUCUCCACAUUGGUUGAUUCCAAACUCCACUCAAUUGAUUUGACAAUGUGAGCUUAUUAUUGGUUGACUCAGAGUAAAACGUCACUCAGGGUGAAGCUCAAAAGCAAGAUUCUGAUUGGUUGAUUUGAGAGCUCCACCUCGAGUGACUUGUCAACACUGAAAUGGAAGCUCCUGAUUGGUUGAUUGCUUGUUCCACCUUGAAGUUUUGUAGACUCAGGAAUGUAGUCUCCUGAUUGGAUGAUUCUGAUCUCAGUCCAAGCGAUUUGACCACAAUGUCCGCUUCUAAUUAGUUGACUGAGCUCCACCCUGAGAGUUUUACUCUGGAAUACAAGCCUCUGAUUAGUCUAUUUGCGAUCCUCUCACCGUGAGUGAUGUCAACACUUGAUUCGAUCUCCUUAUUGGUUGAUUUCAAGCUUUGCCCCUGAGUGAUGUUUAACUCUGGAAUGCAAGCUUCUGAUUGGUUGAUUGCUGACUCUCCACCCGGUGUGAUUCGUCUACUCUGAAAUGCAAGCUCCUGAUUGGUUGAUUCCGAGCUCCGCCCUGAGUGAUGUUUGUUGACUCUGUUUGGCAGGCCUAUCACUGUGAAGGGGUGUGUCUGACUUUGUGUGUGUGUGUAUGAAUUAAUGUAUGAGUGUGUGUGUGCAUUCAGAGGAAGGUCUCUUCUCCCUCUCGUAGCGCAGCCCAGCAGGUCUGAAGCAGAAAGAGCAAUAUUUUCACCCAGAAACCCCCGAGCGCCGCAGUGUCCUGUGUGUGUGUGUGUGUGUGUGUCCGGCGCGGUGCACGUGUGUAUCGCAGGCAGUCCGGCUCGUCCAUUAGUUGGUCUGGUGAGCGGUUGAAGCAGCAGGGGUCGUUCUGGUUCCCCCUCAGCAGCUGUUGUCAAAGCAAAAUGCCAUGCUACAAAAUACUAAUGUACUCAAUAACUGUACGUGGAUGUAUAUUCAUGAAAAAUAAAUUGGUAAAAUGUG